AUCGAAUCAACGAACCUCUGUGAUUAUGUAUUUCACAUCCUAGUCAGUAGACUUUGCUUGCUGUUUGAUAAUUUCACUCAUACCAGUUUUUCAUGAAAAGAACUGGUAAAUCAAAUGAUUUAUACCCCCCACCAAAGGUCGCUAAAACUAGAGAGUCUUUAGAUGAAGAUGAAAGUCUUGGUGGCUGGCAAGCAUCACUUGGAUGUUCACUAGCUGAAAGACUUGAAAAAAUUACUACUGUGCAACACCUGACAACACGCCAAGUUAAAAGGUUGUUAAAGGAUGUCCUGACCAAUGAAGACGUUGUGAAUGCUUUACGUCGAUAUAUUGACGGGGAAUUCAGAGAGCCUGAAACUGGUGAGGUUUCAGCAGCCACUCGAAGACGUGCUAAAUCUUUGGGGUUAUUUUCUAUCCUCAACGAUCUUGGAGAAGAUUCAGAUUACCACUUGGAAUCUAGAGCUAUUACUCGAUCACUUACUCGUCGUAUUGAAGAGUCGUUGCAAAACCAACUUCCAUAUUCUGUCAGACCAGAAACAAAAACACCAUGCACCAUUCUUGAUAUGGAAUUCCCUGACGAAAACGACAACAUUGAAAAAAGUGUAGGUACUGACUUGGAUGCUUCAUUGGCCGAUAGUGAUUACCAACCGAACGACAGAGAUUACAAACUUUUAUUACGUGAUCAAGUGCUCGAUUUUACUGAGGCUUCCAAACAUAAUUUCUUUGUUAAAGACGUGGAAAAUGAAAGCAGUCACAAUGAUAGUAGAAGUAGCACUGAAAGCGAUUCACAGAUAGAUCUUGACUCAUGUGUUGACAAAAUUCAAGCUAACAAUGUAGAUAGUUUUAUUUACUAUGGAAAUGAUGAUAGUUCAGAUUUACAAACUUCUCAUUUCACUCGUUCACAAGCUAAAUCAUUCAGCAGUUUAUCUGAAAUGAAGAAUUAUAUUUAUUGUGAAGAGCUUAGAAAUUCUAACUCCAGCAUAUCAUUGCAGCUAGAUAAUGUUGUUAACCCUAUGCCUCUCAGUAGUUCUCGUUGUUAUCCUGAUAUGGAAGACUGUAAGGAAGAAGAAGAAUAUGGAGAAAUGAAUGUAGCAGAGGAUACAACAAGUAAAAGUCUCAAUCCAAUAGCAAAUAAAGAUGUAGAUAUUGAAGAUCCGGAUAACGAUGUUUAUACGCAAUUUCUUCGUUCGCUGUUUACUUCCGCUUGUAACUCAGCAAAUUGCACGCCUAACAAAUCAAAUCCAAAAAUAAAUGCUUCACUCAAAGCAUCUUCAAUCUGUGAAAGACUCGUAGAUGAUGAACCAAACAAUAAUAAUAGACCAUCAUCGUCCAAUGAACAGUAUUCUGAUUUACAUCAUUCUAAAACGAUAAUAUCACCGUCAACAUCAAGGCCUGUAGACGAUGAUGUUAAUGACGAUGAAGAUGAUGAUGACCCAGAAUUCGAUGUCAUGGCAGAGUUAGAUGAUGUUGAUAGGGAGGAUUUCUUCUAUGAAUUACGGGAUGAUCGUGCUGUUCGAGUUUCUAAAAUGGAAGCCAAGAACUUACAUGAGGAUUUACGUGAACUGUUCAAUUCAGAAGAAGGACUUGAAAAUCGUACACAUCAAACAAAAACACCCUCAUUUCUAGCUAUGAAAGCUUAUGGUCAACGUUUGUUUCAUAUGGAUCGCAAUACAAUUCGAAAUAAUAGUCAGGUGGAUGAACUUAAUAAUCCACAACAUAGUCAAUCUUUUGGAUCCUAUAGAAGUUCUCAUAAGGCCACAGAAACACCUGUUAAUCCAACUGCAGCACGGCGUCGCAUCACUCUUACUGAUACAGAACUGGUCCGAUUAGAACGUCAACUUGUAAUGCAUAUUCAGUUGUUAACUACAAAUUUCUUAUUAACGUAUGAUUUUCCUGAUAUGCAUGAAUGUUCCACCCGACCGUGUGCCACUCUUCUCAAAACUUUAAUUGCUAAACGUCAAGCUUUUGACCUAGUUGCUCUUCAACAAAAUAUUCCAGAUAAAUCUCAACCUGUCACAAGCUUCUAUUGGUGUUGUCCAACUUUGGAAAUGGCUGUUGACCUAAUUUCUGAUUAUGCUGGAUUGUCUAUGCUUCCACGUUUACCAUGGAAUCCGUAUAAACAAGGAGUAGGAAGCAGUCUGACUAAGUCACAAUCAUUUGCCCUGCCUAUCCCAUAUUGUUUACUACGUAUAAUGAUUAACAGCCCUAUUUGGUCUUAUGCGUGUUUAAUGCCCACUGUGUUAGGACCAUAUCCAAAAAGUCAUGUUCGAUUAAUUUUUCACCCAUCUGAAGAUGCUUUAAUGGUAAUGGGAUUAGCGGAUUUUUCUGGUGCGUUAACUCGAACUCGUAAGUCUCUCGAACCUAGAAGUUUUCAUUAUCACCACAUAUCUAGAAGUCGUGGAUCCCAGUGUAAGCAACCUUGUCGUUACAUUGCAUAUCGUUUAAUCGGUAGGCAUAUACUUCCGUAUCGCACACUGUUGCAGUUAAGAUCUCGUCGUUGGAAUCUUUUGGCUAAUCGGGACAAUAUAGAAAAUGCUGGAGACUCUAAGCCUAUACCAGCUGCUACUCGCCGUCUACUCCAACUCUACACUGAAUUAAGUCAACCAGGGGAAGUAGACUUAAAGGGAAUUCAACAGUAUGCUAAUGAAAUGACUACACUUGCUGUUCCCUAUGGCCUCCCACUGAUUGUUGAAUGUUUAACUGAUAAAAAUCCUAGAGAUUUAUUUACUUUUGAAGGGCUUCCCACAGAUGUAGGCUAUGAGUAUGUUUUAAAUUCUAAUUGUCGUAGCGACAAUACAAAACGUAGGUUGGAUGUACUAACCGAGUUCAUAGAAAAUGCUGAGUGUUUUUGGAGGUCGCAGAUUGGGAAAACCUGCUCUAUGGAAAUUCAAACAACAACAUCGGAUUCAACAGCUUUAAAUAGUAAAUCCGAGGUCAAAUCAGAACCACCAAUUCAAUGUGAUGUCCUUGGUCCGAAUUAUUUACCUGCUAUCCCAGUGGAUCUCAAUCCUGACGGCACCGUUGUUGUCAGCAAAACUAGUGAACCUGCUUUAGUUGAAGUUUUUAAAGUUCCUGAUAACUGUGAGGCGAUUGAUGAUUCAAUUGAUCACUCUGAAAAUCCGGUUGAUAAUUUUCCAAAUCAAGAGGCACAACAAAAUCAAAUUGUUCAACCUAAAACAUCACAUCAUAUCGAAUUUAUCUUGGCUCGAAUAAGCAGUCAAAAGUCAUAUACCCUUUCAAAUGAAGAUAAUGUCGAACCACCAACUAGUACUGAAAAUCAUGAUAUAUCAAAUGGUCUUGUUGCAACAUCCUCUGUUGAAUAUGCUUUAAAUGAUCAUCAGUUCGAAGAAAUGCCUAAUAUUUUGGAAUCUUACUGGAGUCAUACAGGUAAUGAUGCACUAAAUGUUUGUCAAAAAGUAGCAGAUGCUUUAGUGAACAUAUUUCACUUCGGUUUUGACAAGUUUUGUGCUGUCGGUGGAGAUGCUAUUUUCGGACCUAGAAAGUUUUGUCAUAUGUUAAAGCUACCAAUCUUAAAUCCCCAUAUUUCUAGUGCAGAUACAAGUCCCGUGUGGUCUAACCAUUUCCAAUCUGUUUUGGACUCGUCAGUUUUUAUUUCUGAUGAAUAUCAGAGUCAAGUUGCGGGUAUUUUCCCAAGUGCAUGUCUUGUGUCAUCCAGUCGUUUUGUUGCAAGAUGUCGAGCACGUGGUGAUGCCAACUCAACCGAUUUACUUACUCUACCGUCUUCUGUUUCAAGUCAUUCUCAAACAGUAAUGGAUGAUAUGGAUGUGAGGCGAGCGCGUUCAUUAUUGGAUCGAUGUCGAGCCUAUUUGACUCCAAGUGAUUACACAAAUAUGAUGUGUAACUUAUGCAAUCUAAGUCAAGCUAUUCAAAAUCCUAUAUUAGUCACUAGUAAUCAUGAACAGUUGGACAAAACUGAAGUAUUACUUUCACUCGCAUGUGUGCUAAAUUGUUUGAAAAAACAUUUAUCAUUAUGGGAGGACUUUGUUUGCCUUCUCACUCCAUCACAAGCCCGUAGUCUCGGUCUGUUAUCUACAUACUUCAAUCUGGUACGAAUCAACCGAGUCCAAAGAGUUUUACAGGAUAUUGUUCCCCGUGAUAGGAGAUUUUGGAGACGUCUUCGUAAUUUGGCAGAUAGCUGUAGCAUGGAGGCACGUCAUAUUCCAGUCAAAAAGAAGGUAUAUGUAGGUCUAGGUGAUAAUGGUGCUCACGAUCCUUCAAAUAAAAAUGAGCGAGACCGCAAUGAUUUUAGCGGAAAAGUAUCCAGUGGGACUCAGAACAUCCAAAAGUCAUCUGUGUUAAAACCGGGUCAAAGUUCAAGUACAACCCAAAAUAAAACCCGAACCAAAUUCCGCGUUAGAGGUUUGCGGCAUAGAAAUAUGCAUGAUGCAUUUUCCAAAGCCUGGUCAGUUCUGGAAAGUAGCUGGCGCAACCGUCCUGUUCUCCUAUCACGUAUCGCCAGUCUUAUUAAUACGAGGCAUAAGCCAUAUGUUGGUUUUGAACAGAGUUUUGAAGAAUCAGAUAUACUUGCUCGUCAUCCUGUAGGAAACUCAACUGAUUCUGAGAAAUCAAAUCAAAAUACAAGCAUUUCAAAUAAUGAAUACAUCUCUCCUCCAAUCAACACUCUUUCUCCUCAGUUACGAUCUUUUCUUUCGGAAGGUUGGGAAGUAUGUACUGACCUAGCUUCAACAGCUCUCAGUCGAAAUAACUCGUUUGGUACACCUUGGGUUCGUAAACAGUGUCCUUGCCGAUGUCAUCCUAAUACAUCAUCAAACAGUAUUCCAAUUACAAGUCAAUCUGGAAAACCUGCAAAAAAGGUCGACAGUCUUGGUCUAAGACACUGUAUUUCCUGCAGUUUAAGAGUACAUCGUGGCAUUGUGUAUGUUGAUGAGUGCAAUCUUCAUCUGCGUCAUGUAAAGAUAACUUGGCCACCUGGUUUUAAACCAAAAGCUCCCUUACCUCUAAGUUCCUUACCAGCUGACUUUAUUACAAAUCAAAGCCCUCGUCCUGCAACAAUGCAUCAUGCAUCAUCAAGUAUUUCUACGCGUACUGCCGUAAACGAACUUGCAAAAAUCCAUGCCAGAUUAUAUUCUGCAAAUAGAGUAUCAAGUCAUCGCAGUUUCCUACCAGAUAUGGCCGGUCGACGUGUUUCGAUCGAAUUUAUUCCUUCAUUGAAAUCGAGUCCAUCGGUCAAUCGACAGGUAGUAGAUGACUCAAAUAAUCAAGAUGAGUUUAAUGCUCUUGAAGGGAUUACCGACAUUCAACUCUCUUGUCCUCCAACAGAUAAGCAUCCAAGACUGGUCGAUGUACUGAAUAGAACUAGUCUCAUAUCACGUCCGAAUUUUGAUCAUGUAGAAAAUCCUAUGAGUUGGUCGCUAGAUGAUGAAGCUGCUUGCUUCAAUACUGAAGCUUUCGCAUCUACAUAUGAUGAGAAUCAUGAAAGUGACCUAUGCGACUUAGUCAAUAAUGACACAGACGAUUGGACACCGGAAGAAGACAGACAGUUAUUGGAGUUUUGUAAAGCUAAAGGACGUUAUAGCUCGCAGAUGUUUACAGACUUGGCUAAAAUAUGGGAACCCAAACCGUAUGUUUAUUCUGCUCAACGAACUCCAUCAGAAUUAGAAGAACGUUUCAAACAUCUUAUGCGUAUCACACUGAGAGAAGCUUAUGAUCCAGAGUUAUUUCAAACUCCGUAUAGAGAUUCUUCAUGUGAAGAAGAUUAAUUUUUAUCACCCAAUAUCUAUGAGAUUGACCUGAUGCAUUUGUGUCUAGACACUGCUUCUCCCUCAUUUCAAGAAUAAGUCAAUCUAGUAUGAAUCAAGUCUUUCAUGUAUAUAAAUUUGUAAAAAAUUAUGUAAAUUUUUUUUGAUUAUCAACAUACACUUAUUCUCUCAGCUAAUUUUCAAAUCUUACAUAAUUCAUUUUAGUGUCG